ACAGUAUAAAAAUCUACAGUAUAAAAUUGAAUAAAAAUAUACAGUAAAAUUCUUCAAUAUUCCACGUAUUGUCCUACAAUUACUGUGUUUUUAAGGCAACAUUCUAAGAGAAAAUUCUUUCCGCGUUCAAGUCAGCAACGCGUAUUUCUUGGACACCCGAUUCGAAAAUCAGUAUCAACAUCGCGAACAAUCCUCGGGGAGUUCUCGUAUUCGUGUAUUGCGAUACGAUGAAUCGAUCGAUCGAUCGAACGGUACACGAGCGAGAGCGACAAACGGAAUCGUAAUCGCGGCGCAAUGCGAUUAAAAAAAAAAGAGACGAACCCUCGGCUCUUUAUCACCUUUUUUUUUUAUUAUUUUUUUUGCGCGAUCCGCCUCACACAAGCGGCCGCGAGAGCACCGAGCAAAGUGGCACCGACAAUCGAUUUAUCGGUGCGAUAAAGCGCGCGCACAUAAACACAUACACAUGACGCACACGACAUCGUUCCUCGAUUUCGUCUAGCUCACGAACUUCGCAAAUACGCGACUCCGAUGUGUUGUUUUCGCGAAACGGAGGGCGGGAUAUCGAUCGCCACCGCCUUUCUUUCGCGCGAUUGCUCAAUGCGAACGAAUUCCGGCGCGAAAAAAAAAGGGGAAGAAAAUUGCGCGCGGCCGCAACAUCUCUCCCGGAUGGAUGAAAGAAACGCGAGGUUCAUCGGACGGUUCCACCGGUAAAUCGUUAUCAGUUCCGGACCGGAUUUUAAAUGCAUGUGACGCAUAUAUUCGGCAUUUCGCAACAUGAUGAUGCACCUGUUGUAAACGGCACGAAACGCGAAGAGUUCAAGCUGUGUGGCACGAGAAAGGGGGAAGAGGAAAGGCGUUCAAGAUUUUCAAGCGAAAUUUUUUCUUCAUCUUUUUUCUCUCUCUGCAAACGUCUUUCUAUAAUUAAAAGAUUAUUCUGGGUUAUAAAUCUUGGGCAAACUUUUUUUUGCAUUUUUCAAACGAAUCUCUUUCCCACUAAGAAAUUAACGUGGAUUAUAUAAAUUUUAUGAGAGAGCGAAUGAAAAUUAUUCUUUAAAAGUAAUUUCAAAACUUUCACGUAGUAAAUUUUCGCCGAAUCGUUCACUCGCGGCGGAUUAAGUUUUUCCAGUAAAAUCGCAGUUUGGAUUUAUUCUGUUAAAAUACAAAUUAAAUAUGAUUACGCGAAAACGUUGGGCGAUUGUUACAAUGUCACACAAUACUUAUCGUUGUGGGGUGGAAAAAAUGUAUUAUUUGCCACUGUACGCUAACAGAAACGUUUUCUUUCUCCUUGUAAGGUUACCGUUCGGAGAUGGAAAAAAAGGACUCGAAGUUAGAUAGAAAUAACGAUGAAUUUUCCCGUUACAUUCACGUUAGUAAUAACGUGUUUGUAAAGAGUCAUUUGCAUAUUUGUGGAAAUGUUGUUUCCCAUCGCGACGUGUUAUGCAAGUGACGGGAGCGCAAAAUGCCUUCAAUCGAUACGACACGAUCGAUAAGAGUGCCUGGAGAAAUGGAUCGGCGUCCGUGGCACAGACCAGACGCCGCGUCGACGAGACACGCCGGAUGCCGAUCUACGCUGGAUGCGUCCACUGGCCUGACACUGAAAUCGUCCACCAUCGUCCACACGCGCGACAGCCUCGCGGCAACGCGUCGCGACGCGUCCAACGCCGCCGCUGAUGCCGUCCCGUACGAAAAGAAUACCGUCACAACAACGUCCGAUCUGUGCCCGAUCUCGCGGAAAGAACUCUAUUGUCCAUACGACGAACACGGACGCGACAUUAAUGAAGGUGUAAUGAACCACCGGCAUCGUCGCGGUUCCUCCGUGCGACGAAGGGGCGAUGCGACGAGAUACUCGGACGUGCAGGUCUCGAGAUAUGGUUCCAAUCAAAUCACGUUAGGAUUAACGAUCGGCGAUUGGGUGACGAAUUCUUCGUGGAGGAGAUGGCGGGCCUAUUUCUUUAUCUUAAUCUGCCUGUUUUGCGUGACACAGUGUACAGCUCGCACUUGCUCAGUCGGAUUAAGCACACCGGGAUGGACCUGGCCACAAGGUGAUAUUGUUAUUGAACAUGGUAAACCACUCAGGAUGUACUGUCUAUUGGAUCAGGAAAUCGUAGACCGUGAUUAUCCUGGCAAAGAUGCGGGAGAUCUCCGAUUCUUUCGUAAUGAUCAAGAACUGGAGUCAGAAUUUGUCACAGUAAUCAAUGAAACGACGAUAGAGCUGUUCAUUAAAGCGCCACCGGCUUCUGAUGACAUGUACAAUUGCAAAUUGAAACUAAACGGCAGCGAUUACGUAGCAGUUUGUCUCAACAAGGUUGUAAUUGGAUAUCCACCUCAGAAACCUAAAAACUUUGACUGUAUCUCCUACAAUUGGGAGAACUUUAAUUGCACCUGGGAGCCGGUACCUAAUUUCGUCCAUACAAAAUACGAAUUAAUGUUUCAAUUGCCUUCGAGAUUGGGAAUGUUAUAUUUAUGCCCUCUUAAUCAAACGAAAGAGAAUUCAUGUGCGUGGACCAUAGAAUCCAAUCCGAUAUAUAGGCAACCCUAUGCAUCUUAUAUUUUCAUAUUGGAAGUAUCUAAUGCUUUUGGAAACGCCAACUUUACAUAUCGUAUUCAUCAUUAUGCUAACGUUAUUCCGAAACCGCCUGCCAAUCUUACAUUGUUAAACAAAACAUCGGAGAGUGCAUUUUUGUAUUGGAGUCUCCCCUUUCCGAUGGAGACAUUUCCAGUUGGUGUGCAUCACAAAAUUAUGUAUCAACAUCAGUGGAAUCGUGAAAAAGAUUGGAAGGUCAUCAAUAUUACGCAGCCUAAGUGUAAAGAUCACUGGUAUUACAAUCUUACUGGAUUAGAGUACGCUAACACGGUAUAUGACGUUCGCAUUUAUUUAAAGAGCUCGACAGCUACAAGACCGGAUCGAUGGAGCGAUUUCAGUGUUGUUACAUUUCGGACUUCGCCAAAAUUACCCGGCGCUGCACCGCGAACUGAUGUCGGCAGCUUUGAAAUUGCUGAAAAUAAUGGUAACAGAGAUGUAUAUCUAUAUUGGCAAGCAAUACCGCAGAACCAGGAGAACGGUGAUAAUUUUAAAUAUCAAAUUAUUCACGUGGAGGAGAACGGUCGCAAGGUUGCAGUUACACCGAGUGAAACAACCAGAACAUAUGCCAAAUUGAAAGGAAUUAGUCUCAACAGCUAUCGAUUCGAAAUUGUUUCAACAAAUGAAGUCGGUGCUAGCAAUGACCGUGCAAGAAUAUAUGUACCAAAACAGCAAGAAAUACCGCAUGAACUGGCAUUCACGAAAAUCGCCUUCGAAAAUGGAUUGUAUGAAUUAUCGUGGAAGCCACCGUUUGUAGAUCCUAAACAUAACAUCAAGAACUACACGAUUUUUUGGUGCGACAACGAACGCGAUCGUCCUUAUCAGUGCACCGGUUACUUGGACUGGGUGCACGUUCCGAAAAAUACUACGAUCUACAACGUAACUGUACCGUAUCCGUCCAAAGUAUACCAAUUUGCAAUCUCUGUCAAUACCGAGAAAGGCAGUAGCGGCAUGAUAUGGUCAUCAUGUACGGUGAUUCAUAACAAGGUGCUCGGUAAAAUGAAAUCCGUUUGGAUUAAUCGCAUUGGCUCGGACUUCAUCGAAGUCGGUUGGAAGCUCGACUGCUCGGAUCGCAUCGGAAUAAUUGAGGGAUUCAACAUCUACUAUUGUCCCAUAAUGUCACCGUUGAAUGUCAAUUGUAACGGUCCCAUACUUAACAGCACGAUCAAGGCGGACGCGCGUACGAUACAUGGCGUAGUCGACAAGUUGAAGCCCUACACUACGUACAUGCUGAAUGUUGCGGUUUUGACGAAGAGCGGCGAAGGGUUACGCAGCGAUCCCCUGUACAACACUACUCUUGAGGCGGCGCCCAGCACCCCGCCGUUAAACGUGAGAAUCACCGACGUGUCCAAUACGACGAUGUUUAUUGCGUGGAAAAAGCCGUCGGCGAUGAACGGUGUGCUCCGUUAUUACGAGGUCUAUUACAACGGUCAAAUCAAGAAGGUGGAGGAGGGGAAUCACAUCAAACUGACGAGUCUAAAGCCGUAUACAAGAUAUGCUGUUAGAGUCGCUGCUUGUACCGUGAGGUGCAGCGAAAAGUCAUUUACGAUAGACGAGUUUACGAGGAUCGGUGUUCCCGGCAAAAUCAAUAUUCCCUUGGUACGCUUCGUGAAUUCCAGCCAAGUGAACGUCCAAUGGGAUCCACCGCAAGAACCAGCCGGUCCGGUAGAGGCUAUGUAUUACGAAAUAGAGUACGGAAAUGGCAUGAUCCAGAACGUUACGAGAACAGAAGUCCAAUUGCCGAUUCCUGAUUGCAAGAAUGUCGAGCACCGAGAGCAGAAACACAAAUUCCGAGUCAGGGCUGUUAACAUCAAUCACAAUGGCGAGAUUUUGAAAGGAUCCUGGUCCGAUUUUGGGGAGGGAAAUUGUUAUAAUAACGGACUAUCAUACGUCGCAGUAGUUAUUAUAUGGAUGGUUGGUGUCGUUAGCAUCACAGCAUGCAUCGCAUGCCUCGUAUAUAUGUUCAAGAGAAUGUGGAUAAAAUGUCGAGCGAUGCGAGAUGUUGAGGUGAAAUUACCGCCUGGACUUGCUCCAGAUGGAAAUAUGAAGCUGCUUGAGAAGAUCAGUGAAUCGCACAUACGGCAUUCGAUUGAGCGGCCGUCCGCCGACUCGAGCGGCUGUUCGAGCGGCCAGGAAUCCGUUACCUCUUCACUCACGGCGGAAUCCCAGGUUUGCAGCGACAGCGGCACCGAGGUAGACGCGGUGCACACGCCAUCCGACACGAAACUGAAGGGUCAGCCUGUUCGCGAGUUGACGGGUCAUUUGCGACAGAGGAGCACUACGCGGGUACCGUCUUCGUUAGCGGAGGUCACCACACCUUGCUGGGACUCGUAUGUCAAAGUCGGUGGUUCCGGCGAAGUGGCUACGUCUGACGAAACAGUAUCGUUGGCGCGGUCAACGCCUAAUCUGACUGAUAACGCACCAAAAGGCUAUCCGUCGUCACAGCAUGGCUGGUCCAGUACAAAUUACAUUAGUAUGCCAUCCUCCUCAGAGGCGCUGUUAAGCAACUCCAGUCUCAUUCCGCGAAAGAGCGGCGCCAACUCCACCGGCAACAGCGGCGACGGCGACAGCAGCAAAGACGAUGACGACAGCAAUGACGACGGUAAUCACGGCGAUAACAAUAGCAGUGACGGCAACAACGAUAGCAGCGAUGACAGCCGUGAUGCCUUGAUAUCGAUAAAAUUCGAUGAUGAAUUCGAGAAGGAGAAACAGAAGCCUAGCAUUGACAAGAUGCAGUCAAUCAUCGAGCUGAACAAGAAAAUAGAUAUACUGGCGUCACAUAUCAAUCCCGAUAAAACGACAAUGGCAACGCCGUACGUUCAGGCAGGUCUAAUAGAUGAAAUCAAUUCACCCGAGUCACUCUCCUACAUACCCAAGCACAUACAAGCCAGGAACAGCAAUUUGAUGUGCGGUACCUUCAAAAUUAAGGAUAACCAGAAUCUAUGCAAGAAGGAGUAUACGUCGUUCCCGUCGAACUUUCCUGUCAAUACCACUUUGACAGCGAGUCCAAAGUAUAUUUUCGCGUCGAUAAUUCCUGAAGGAAUGACGUUGCCGACUAUGGAGGCGGCGGAUCAAGAAUCCUUACCGCAGAAAACGCUCCAUGACCUGCACAGUUCCAACACGAUGAGUGAAACGUCGUGCAAUCUUGCAAGCUCCGUGCACUGCGAGUCGCAGCCAACGCAGGAACCGGAGAAAACAGAAUCGCUCGCGGAUGUGACUGAGGAUGUCAACGAAAGCGGCAGCAAGGACAGCGCGGUGCACUCCCCCGCUCCGUCUUGGCCGACAGAGAGGAAAGAUCUGAACUCCGGCUAUAUAACCAUCGCGGAUCUAUCGUCCACUUCGGCGGGACCAUCCUACGUGCGACUCGAGAUGCCGUCCUCCUUGCCGUUGCAAACGACGACGAGUCCAUCGGAUGAGCAAUACGCGGAGGUGACAGUUGUGCCAAGUACAGUUCAGUGAGGCGAGGAGAGAGAUGCACUAUCGUUUCGAUUUUUUUCUCCCCUUCGCGGUGGUGAUUAUUGCCGCUUGCGUAGACGGACGAAGUAAAUGCUGCACCACGAGAUUGCAUGAUAUAUAAGGUGGUGCAUACGAGAAACUGAAAUAUUGUACAUUUGAGUGUAAUCGCGACACUCGCGUAAAUCGACUGAGCUGAAUGGCUAAAUGAUCUUUUGUAACGGGCCUCGGAACGAAGUUUGUUUAUUGAAAAAUACGAAGAUAUUUAAGGGACUUUUCUCCUAAAAGGGGAUGUUUCAUAUUUGCUGAAAAUAAGACUGGUUCUAAGCAAAAGGGGGCAUCAUUAGCUUGGGAUUAAGUGAAUUGUUGAAAAUUCAUUUUUUGGCUAAAAAAGCUGAAGCUCUCAUAUUUAAAGACGUUUCCUUAAACUGUUAUCAUAAGGGAAAAGAGAGAGAAAGAGAGAGAGAGAGAGAUUUUAUGCAUAAAAUAUAUCCGUACAAAACCUAACAGAGUGCACAAAAGGCGCGACUUGCUGACUGAGGUCUUUAAGGAAAUUUCUUAACGAAGCGCAUUUUCUAUUCCAAGCUAGUGCCUUCUUGUUUGAUUAUGCUUGUAUAUCCGGUGUGAUAUAUGCAUAUGCAUGCGGCACGAUACGUUCGAGUACGACCGAAACGUCGGAUUGGCGUUCAAAGUGUGUACAUACCAGUACUGCGUUAUUUUUUUUUUUUUUUUUUAUACUAUAUACGCGAUGUCGACGCGAUAUUACUCCAUAAGUUAAAAUAAGUCAAUAAAUUUCACGAAUGCAUUACACACACACACGCACACACACGCACACUCACAUACACAUAUUAUACAUAUACAGGGUGUCCUGCAUAAGAUAUGAAAGACUUCAUGAAAAGAUAGACGGGAUAUAUGUAUAUAUACACAUACAUAUAUACACGUGUACACGCACGCGCACACAUAACGGGCAUAUGUAUGUAUGCAUGUAUGACUGGAUUAUCGAACAGCUUAUUGUUGUCGAAAAAUAAUUAAAUUAAGUCCACUUCAGACGAUCUAUAAUUCAGAAAUUCGGGCGUAAUCUAGAGCCUCAGAAAAUCCGACACUUUAGAAAAUUCACGCUUUUAACUUGCAUGUUUGCUUCACAAAUUAAUGGCCUUUUGGUAUGAUUUAUGCCGGUGCGCGAUACUAUUUGUUACAAUAUGAAGUUCCAGGAAAAGUGCAUUACUCCUCUUGUAGAAAAGCAAAUAUGUACACAACGUGAAAGAGCGGUAUAUAAAGUUUCUAUUUAAAAAAAAGUGGCUGUUUCUCAGAAUUUUCAACGAUGUCUCAUAAUAAUCGUGAUGCGAGUGAUAUUUAGCGUAAUUUAAAAUCUAAUUAAAAAAUUUUUUUAAACUUAGAGUAGAAAAUUAUAUAUAGUCUCUAUAAUUCUUUUCUGAGUUAUACAAAGUCUAAGUUCAGAGUAUAAAAUAUUUGAAUUGUUAUAUAUUUUGUUAUAUAAUUUUUCUUCCUUACGCUUUCUCCUGGAUCCGUCAAAAUUCAAGGUUUACAAUUUUAUGUGUUGUGAUAAGAGGUUUGAAGAAUCAUAGUAUACAUAUUUUUAAAAAAUUUUAAAAUAUGAACGUAUGCAGACACAUCGAAAAAUAAAGUACAAAGAAACUACAUACAAAACGCACCAGCACUUUCACUGCAAAAAAAUUAUAGAUCGUCUAUAGUUGGUAUUGGCUAGAUAUUUUUUCACAGCACAAUUUUUUCACUAAAUUCUUUAGUCGUGAAAAAUUUUUUUUUGCCAUUUUUGCAAGGGUAAACAAACUUUUUUUAGAACUAUAUUUUCUAGAUUUCUUUAUUAACGAUACAUUUACGAACGAUAGCCUCGUUUAAUCUUUAGUUAAUCGUUCGCUUCAGUCAAUGCAACAUAGUUAGCAACACUUAGUGUUAAUCUCUAUAAUUUGACAUAUUUUUCACUAAAUCAUUGAAUUAGAAUUAAUUGGAGACUAAAAUGUUAUUCUGUAUAAUAUCGAGUAAUAGGGGUAAAACAAAAAAGAGAAUAGAGUAUAACACAAAUUUACAAUCUUCUUUAAUUCACAUAGCACGCGAUUAAUUAAUGAUUAACGUCAUUUCGUAACGAUUCUCAAACGCUAUUGCGUUUAUAUCGUGUUGAAAGCAGCAAGUGCAUACAGAUAUUCUUUCGAUCAGUCUCUUGAUUUUUUCUAUCAACGAAAAUUCCAUGGAAAUGUUUCCGUUUCAUUGACACGUUUCAGAGAUGCUCAAAGAGAAACGAAAGUAAUGUGAAAUUGUUGUUGUACAGUUACAACGAUAAAAUGCAAGUCACAAAGUAGAUUUCCUAUCUUUCUAAUCGCGGAUCUACCGAAACUAUUCUGUUUUUAGUAACAGUCAAAUACGCAAAAGUUUGAAUUAUGAAGUACAAUUUAUUAUUUGUUCACGUAAUUCGAUACUUGGCUGUCAUGCAUAUCGAUCGCAACUAGAUGCAACGAGGUAACAGGCUUUUUUAUAACAGCGUUACAAUGUACAACAUACGUAUAACCGCGUAUGAAAACGGAGUCAGCGAUAAUAAUGUAAAAACAGAUAAAAGAGAAAAGUUUAGUGAAUGCACCAUGGGUAUGACGGAAAAAAAACAGGCGAAAAAAGUUGUGAAGAACAAAUAGAAAAUUUGAUACCAUAUCAUUAACGUAUUACGUAUCACGAGUUAUGUGUUAUAUCGUAACAUCAAAAUGUUGUAUUUUUCCCUGUUUUUUAAAUACUUAAAAAUGUUUACUAAGUUUUGAACGAUUUUUAGAUUUAUGCCCGUAUUCAUAGUCAGGCCUUAAUACUUAAGGCCUUCUUAAAUUCAUCUUUAGAUACUUUGUAGCCAAUGAAAUGUAGAGCAUCUAAAGAUAAACUUAAGGAGGCCUUAAAUAUAAAGUUUAACUAUAAAUACGGGCAUUAAAGCACUAAUACGUUUAAAACUGAAAUAUUUAACAUCUCUAAUUUAAAGCUAAAACAUUUUUAAGUAUUUUAAAAAAUGAGGUUAAAAAAUAAAACAUUUUUAUAUCUCGAGAUUAAAUACUUUAUUUUUUUGAGUGUAUAUGUUAGAUGUUUGAACGAAGCGAAUUGGAGAAAAAAGCUGCUUUUCUCCACGUUUCAACGUCACGUUUUUCGAAGAACGGAAGACUAUCCGCUCGGCUUUGGAAGGAUCGCGUGAAGGUGCCUCAUGCGUCAUAAUUAUUCCGGAUCAGCGCGGUUUAAUUAUCGCGCGGGUCAGAUGACAAUUAAAGUAGCUCGCGCGCGCGCACAGCAUACAAAUGCGCAAGUGACAAUUAGUCUCGCGGAACACUCAUGCUAUCGCAGCAACAAGGAAUAUAUGUAUGCAUAAUUUGCACGUACUUUAAACUAGUCAGACAUACCGCCUUCUUCCCACAGGCCUCUAUACUUCUAUACGUUGGAUGUUAAUGUUCAUUCGAAGAUUAUCGAUUGUACAAAAUUAAUAAUAAGCAAAAAAAACUAACGUGUCGGUAAAACGUUCGUUUUUUUUCCUUAUAAACUUGUACUGCUUAAAAAAACGAAUGAACUUUUUACUGUUAAGUAAAGAUAAGAAUUUUUUUUUGAUUCAUCGGACUUUUUAUGUGUAACGUUUUAUUAAUAUCACCGUCGAGCGCGAAAAUAUUUGUCCUUAAAAAAUGUUAAACUUGAAAAAGAGCUUUGUUGAAUCGACGGCCUAUUAUUGAUAUAAAAUAUAAUUAUAAAGGUCUAAGUGUGGUUCCGAACUACAAAUUUUAAUAAGAGAUGACAAUUUAAAUAUAAUCGUAGUUUUGUUAAAAGAGAAAUAACUCCAGCGGUCACUGAAGUUAUAUCGCUAAAAAUUAAUAAAAAACGUAGCUGUUUAAGGAAAAAUUGUAAUAAUUAGGAUUGUUACAAAAAAGAAAGGCCUGGUUCUUUUUGGAACACGUUAUUUUGCAAGUUUAAACAAUUUCAAAUAGAAGAGAGGAAGGUGACAUUUAUUGUCAUAACUGUGUGAGAUAUAAAGAAAGAAGAAAAACGAUUUUGUUUGUACUUGCGAAAUGAUACUUACCUGCUUGCGCGAUUGAACAUUCGCGAAGCUCUCAAAUCGAACACGAGCUUAUGUAUCUACUACGUUUAUUGUUGUUAUGAUAAACAUCGGCGUAAUUUUAUCGGAUAUUAAAAGAAGUGCUACUUAGUCUAUAAUUAAGUCGUGAACAUAAGAGAAAUAUGUCAUCUCGACGUGUUAUACAAACGCACGAAUGCAUAAGGUCUUUGUUUUAGCUGCACUUGUAGUUUCCGCGUAUAUUCGAGAUAACUAUAUAUUUAUACAUACAUUGAUAUAUAUAAAUUCAGCAAAAGAAUGCCUCCUAUAAAAAAGCUUCAGAAUUUAAAAAAAAUAAGAAAAAAAUAUCAGUGCUGUCGCUUUUUCAUGAAGUAUUCUUUUGAUGGCCUUUUACUUCAAGAUUAAUUUUAUCUCAAAUAAAAAUUUUUAUAUUUUUAUCAUAGACGCGGACGCUAAAUUUUAAAUCCGAUAAUUUUGAUUUGAGACGCGUUUGGAUCUGACAAAAAUAUUUUAAAGGACAUUUGUAGAAAAUUGUUAAAUCUCUUGAAUUUGCUUAGAAUUAUCAAAUUUUAUAUAUUUUUUUACAGACGCGGAUGCUAUGUUUCAAAUUUGAUUAAUUUUGACUCGAGACACUAUUGGAUCUGGCAAUUAUUUUUAAAAAUGUUUGUGGGAAAUUAUUACGAAUCCUUGGGAUUGAUUAGAGAUUAACCUCUCUUGAAAUUACUUAGACUCAACGUUAUAUGAACGUGAUAUGGUAAUUCCAUGUAUAGGUUGUAUAUAUUAUAUGUCAGUUUGUGUAGUUAAAAGCCAAUUAGAACCGAUGCCACACAGAAGUAGAUUAGCUACAAUUUAAAAAACUAACAUUUAUAGAAAUAUUUUUGAAAGUUUUUUUCUUUCAGCGACGCUAAUGAAUUUCAAAUGUCGUAUAAGAAAUUAAUUGAAGGAUUUCUGUCCAUUUAUGUCACAAUAUAUACGCAGAUAGAGAAAAAAAGUGUGUGUUUGGUAUUGUUAACUUAUGUGGGAGUAUUUAAUACAAAACCACAAGAUUCUAAAUCAUGUCUGCGACAUGCACGCACACGCAAAAAGACAAAGGGAGCCUUUAUUUAAAAAUAUAAUGGAAAUAACGAAUAAUGAUAAGAUCUUAAAUACCUGUGAUACACACAGAGUCAGAAUCACGUUCAAUUAUGUCAUUGAUCAUAGAUAAUGUUUAGAGUAGGUGAUUUUGAUCAACAUGUUAAAGAUAUUUUUACCAGCUAAAAGUUUUCGAAAUUAAAAAACUUAGUCUUCCUAGAUUUAUUCUUUUAUUUAUUCAACGAGAAAAGAUUUUUAUUACUAUUGGCCUUAAAUUUUAGGCUAAUAUUGAUAAAUAUAGUUCUAAAAGUAGCUAUUAAAAACGAUGGUUUAUGACUUAAAUGUAAUAAUAUUCUAUUAUUAAACGAUGGUUUAUGACUUAAAUGUAAUAAUAUUCUACUUAAAUGUAAGAAUAUUCUAUGAAAAUAUUAUAUUUUUUGGAAUAAUUCUUUGAAAUAGGAUACAUAUCUAAGAAGGAUAAUAAUUUUCCCUAAAUAUCUUUUAAAAUAUUAUGUAAAAAAGUGUCUUGAAUCCUAAUUAUAAAGUUUAAUGUGGAGAAUCUAACUAUGAAAAAUAUACGAUUCAAUAAUUUCGAUUUAAAAAGAUUAAACCGACUUCGAAAUAAACUUUAAAAAAUCAUCUUAUAAUAAAAGCGGUUACAUGAGAAAAAUGUACUCUCUUUAAAGUUUUAACUUAAAAAAAAUUUUUAUAAUAUUUUAGCUGGUUUUGUCAAUUAUCAUGAUUUGUACGAAAGUGAGAGUUGCAUAUUAAUUUAAAUUUACAUAGUUACAUACAUAGCUUUUGCCAGAUAUCGUGUAAGUUUAAAAGUAGCUAAAUUACAUUGGUUUAUAGAUUGAGUAAGAGGCGAGGAGCAAACUUGGAAAGUGCAAUUAAAACGAGUUGAUCUAAUUUUGUACUCGAAAUCCGUAUGACCUAUCUUAGGCGAAUUAUAUACGUAUUGUAUACGUAUUGUAUACGUAAUACGAUACGUAGAUGUUUUAUAAUGCACAUAGCCCAAAGUAUACUAGGCUCUAUUUUUUCCAUUUAUCUUCUCUUACUCUUGUAUUAUUGUCUACUGGUUACUAACACAUUAUGCAUAUGUUUAAAGAAUUCUCGAUACAGCGGAUAAUUACAAAAUAGAAAAUAAUACAGAUAAAAGAAUUCUAGAUGAAUGGAAAAAUAGGCGUCUACACUCAAAAAAGACGUAUUUAAUUUUAAGACAUUAAAAUGUGUUUGCUUAGUUUCGUAAAUAUUUAAAAUAUUUUAGUUUAAUACAGUAUUUACAUUUAAAACACUAAAAUGUAAAACCAAAGUCUUUGACAGCUUUUAAUAUUUUAAAUCUAAACGAUGUUUAAAACUAAAAUAUUUUUUAAUAUUUAUAAAAUAGACAGAAAUAAAAUAUUUUUAAAUCUUAAAAUUAAAUGCAUCUUUUUUUAGUGAGGCUGUAAUUUGCGUUCUUUAGCGGUAUAUCAUAUAUCGUUUAAAAUUGUCAGACAAGGGAAUGCGCCUAACAAGAUUUUUAACAAGAUAACAGUACAGUUUUUUAUACAUUAGUAUUGAGAAAAUAUGCCUGAGUGAAUACACACGUCGAUUAAAUCUUGCUCACGUCACAAGAUAUAAUGAAGUAUUUUGAUGCGACGAAAAGCUUUGUACAUUAGUUUGACAGCCGAGCAUUACUAUCUACUUUGUUAGGUUUUACAUAUCUAUCAUUGUACAUAUAAACGCAUAUAGAUGUAUACACAAAUACGUAUAGGCAUAUAAAUAUACAUAGAUAUAUAUACACUUAUACAUAAUAUAUCUAUUAUUAUCUAUUUUUGUUACGUGUUUAUAAAAAUGAAAAGAAAACGUAUUCUAUCGCGGAAUACCAAAUGUAACAUAUAGAACGAGAUUUUAGUGAAUGGACAAUGGAUUUGAGCGUCGUAAAGACUUACCAUCGGUUUUAUAUAUAAUUUAGAACAUUUAUUGCGCAUCUGUGUCGUUAAAAAUUUGCUAAUAAGUUGAUAAAAUUGAGAUCAUAUAUAUGAGUUAUGUUUAGGUCUUUUGUUUUUUUUUUUUUAUAUCUAUAAUCUAAUGAUCGUAUAAUUUAGUUGAAUAGUGCGUAGCUUUUAAGAUGUUUAACAUUUACUAUUUCAUCGAGUAACGAAGAAAAAAGAAAAGGGAAAAUAAUGCAAAUUAGGGUAAUUAGUUUGUACGAUGAUCAUGACAAAAUUAUUAUGCGACGAAAUUGUUAUAUGACGAGUGCACUCGUUGAGGCAGUAAAUGUUGACCGUUUGCUUUUCUCUUCUUUUUUAAAAAAUUGAUUUGAAAAAUGAUCCACAGAUUUAUCCUUGUUUAUGCGGACCCGCAGAAAUAAAGCGGUGAUGAAGUUUUACGCUUGUAACGAGGCAGUGCAAUGACUUAACGAAAUUUGAUUAAUUUAUGUAUAUAUUAUUACAGGAUCGUGAUUUUUUUACGUAUAUUGUAAUUCUGCCACGUACACACACAACACACCACACACACACACACGCAACACGUCACAAUUACGGGACAGAAGGAAUUACUGCUUACACAGCGGCGUGAUAUAUACUUUUUAACAGAUUUCUCUUUAUCUUUAGUAUUCUGUUUUUAGAGUGACAUGGUUUGUUAUCGAGUUUAGUUUAUCGAGUCGUUGGUAUAAUUUUACCAGCAUCAUUGUUGAAUGUUAUCUCACGUGCAUUAUUACAAGUGCAAUCCGUUGUACCAUCAAUUAAGGAUGUAUUACAUCUGUUUCCAAAAUAAUGGAAAAAACUUAUUAAAAGAUUACAGAUUGUUUUAUAUUAUAUUUGAAAGCAAUGAAAAAAUAUAGUGGCGAUUGUGUAUCUAGAUCGAAAAUUAUUUCAGUAAGAAGUAGAAAUAUGCUCUAUGAAAAUGAAGUAAUAAUAACAAAAAUAUGAAUUUUUUAAUAUAAGUAUUUUAAGUUUUGUGCGAGAUCAUUUAUAUAAAGUUUUAUUAUGAUGUGGAAAUAGUUGAUUAGUUGUUCUAUAAAUAAAUAAAAUUUACUUGUUUAUUUAUAGAACAAGUAAACUUAGAAUCGUAAUAAAAUUUUGCGUAAAUUAUCUUGAAUAUUUCAAGUAUCUAUACCAAAAAAACAAUUUUUGUCGUAAUUGUUUAAAUUUUAGCAUAACAAAAAUAUAUAUAACAAUAAAAAAUAAGGACAAAUAAAGUAAGUAAAUUAUAAAAAUGUAUUAUUUAAUAAAAAUAAAAUGUUGUGAUUACAACUUUUAUAUGUAUAUAGUUUAUUUAAAGUAUAAGUAUUAACAUACUUUGUAAAAAUAGAUGUAAUACAUCCUUAAAACUCACAUAUACGCAUACACGCAAUCAAUAUACUAUUUUCACAAUUAAUAGCACUGUUGAUUAUGUACGUCGAUUAAAUUUUUAUUGUCCCGAAGGAGUAAAUUUUGUACAGAACAUUGUAAAAUAUAUUUUUAGCGCUUUUUCUCUUUCUCUCUCUCUCUCUAUCUCUCUCUCUCUCUCUCUCUUGAUUUUAUUAUUUAUGUGCGCGCGCAAAUCUCUCGCCUCUGUUGCAUUUGUAUAAACAUAAAUUUGUAUAAAUACAUCGUAUUGUUAUUUCUACAUUGUAAUGCCAUUGCGUAAAUGCCAUGCCGUCGAGCCUUGCCAUUCGUCAUCCGGAGAGAGAAGAGAGCCUCCUUAAAAGCUGAUUUAUCCUCUUUUACUUUUCUCAAUACUCACACGUGGAUCGCGCGCCGUGAACGCGAGGGAGAAUCUUUUUUUCUGUAACUAAUAAUGACGUUGCUGAUGUACACUGGAGAGAAAAGCCAUUAGUUUGUAAUCAUUAAGCUGAAAUAUAUAUAACAUUUAUAUCGA